CUUAUGGGUAGACUAGAUGUAUAUCAAAUUACUAUCUUAAUGCAGCACGUUGCUGCAUGGGUUGUGCACACAAAUAUUAUAUAAAUAUUGCAACAAAAUGCAUUUUUCAUUUGGUGCAAUAUAACAUUUUGGAGUAUUUUCACGCUAGAUGAAGAAAUGCGUCUACCAAUCCUAUUCUUCGCCAUUUAUGGCUUAGUUACUUCAGUGUACAGUUUUCCGAAUUCACAACAACACAGAUAUUUGCCAGACAUAGACCUGAAACGUGUUCUAGAGAUCCUUCAAGAAAUAAAAGAAGCGGGCGAGACGGGCAAUGAUGACGAACAAUCACAGAGAGGUAACCUCAGAGAAGCGGGUGAAGAUGGUGAUAAUGGUCCCGAUCCGUACAUUAAAAAAGAGAUAGAGUAUCUAAAUCUUGCCAGGCGUAUUGCUGAUCAAUAUAUUGCCGAACAGAGACGUGAACAUGAAGAUUCUGACCAUACUGGUUCGAGGUCUACAAAUGAUGCUUUACGGGCAUUUAACCGACCUAGCAAAAGAACGCGGAUGCUUGCGGAGCAAAAUGAAAGAGAAUAUGCAGAGCGCGUGGCACUACAUUUUCUUACUGGGGCUUCGGACAAUCUACGGAGCCUUGCAGAUAUAGACCUAACCGCCUUUAAAGCUGCAAAAGAUCCUACGUGCAAUCAAGUUGUUGAUUGUUCAAAGGAAAGUAACUUUGUUGAUGGUAAAGAAUUUAGAACCAUUGACGGGUCAUGUAACAACAAGGAACACUUCUCUUGGGGUUUCGCAGGGGCCCAGCAUAUAAGGCUACCUGAAAAUAACGCAUAUCAAGACGGUAAAUCUAAAAUUCGAUCAAAAAGCGUUAAAGGCGGGAAUUUACCGUCUGCUCGUAGAGUGAGUAACGCUGUUCACAGUACACCAACACCGAAAGGGGACAACACUCAUGAUAUUUCGAUAGCUUUAUUUUACUUCUUGCAGUUCAUUGAUCAUGACCUUGCCAAAACCCCAGAAGGACAUGUACGGAAUAGGAAAGAGUGUUGCAAGAAGCCUGACAAGACUAGGUAAGUUUACAAAUUUUAUAUAUAAAAUAA